AUGCGGCAAAAAUGGAGAGAUUUCUUAGCAAAGGGAAAGAGGAGGCAUUGGUUUGUGGGGAAAGAGGAGGAAUUGGUUUGUGUGGUGAUAAAAAUGUCUAGAGCUAUGUAUGCUCAGUUAAUGCAGCAGAAGUUUCAGGCACCCAAGUGCUAUCGUAUGCCUCAUCGAGGAGAUGACCUGGGUGCGUAUCUGGAGGCGGAGUUAGGUAUGAAGAUUGCUUGUGGGUUCGAGAUGAUGUAUCAACAGAGGAGGAGGGAAGGAGAGGAGGGUAAAGGGAGCACGUGGUUGAAGUACAAGGAGAGUUUGGAGAGGAGUGGGUAUUUUGAAGGAUUUUUGCCAGGUUCGAAGGAUUACAAGAGGUUGAUGGAGAAUGCUGAGGGGUAUUACCGAAAUAGUACCUUGUUUUCUAGGACCAGUCAAAUGAUGAGUGCUCCAGUGAGACGGAUUGAUGAGAUUCUUGCUUUACCACACUCAGCCGAUGAUUUUAGGUGCCAGGAGGUUCCACCUUCUGAUGAUGAUUCUUGGCUGUAUAAUGGAGAAGAUGAGUUGAAUGCUGCUCUACAAGAGAGACAAAACGAGAUGGAUCUCUACAAUGCCAAACAUAAAAAGAAACAGAUGCCAAAAGAGUCAGAAGAUGCUGGUCCUUCAUCCAGCAGUAAUUUUGAUGAUUUUGAUGUUGGUGAAAUGGCAAAAGCUAUGCAAGCAUUCGUGGAUAAAGCAUCAAGUUACAAGGGAGCAGAGGUUCCAGGAAACAGGAAUAUGAAAGAGGUGGACCUUGAUGUUGAGUGUUUUCUAAAUGACAUGGAAUCAGUAAUGAAGCGCUAUGGCCCUAAAGACAGUGCUACCGAUGUUGAUUCUGAAGAAGUAUCCUCAUCUGACAUGGAUUUUGAUGAGUCUGAAGAUGAGAGUGAUAUUAUGGAAGCUUCUGAGGAUAAUGUGGACGGGAAGGAUGCUUUCAUGAACACUUAUUCUGAUGCUCUGAAUGAGGAACUGAAGAAUACCACCCUUAAGAAAAGUUUUGUUCGUACAGAUGGCCAAUUGUCCAAGAAAAACCAGGAGACAUCAAAUGCCAUGGAGGGCAUGGAUGAAGAAUUUACUCCCGUGGAUGUUGAUGUUAACCUGGUGAAGAGCCUGCUUGAUUCCUAUUCAUCUCAACAAGGACAACCUGGCCCCACUUCCAAUUUGCUGGGGCUCAUGGGUCUACAGCUCCCUCAAGAUACCACCAAGGGCAAAUGAAGCUAUUACAUCUUCUCCCCUCAUCUCAUAUUUCUUGUGCAAUGGGGUUCAUGAUUUUGCAAGGGAACCCAUCUGCACUGCUUAGUGUCAACUGAACUUUUAGAUGCAGAAUUGCCUCAUGUAACUAGUGCCUAUAUACUCUGAACCAUCUAGUAUAAUGGUUGAAUUGUUAAUUAUCCAAUUUCUGGUUUGAUCAGUUUGUAUUUAGCCUGACUACGUUUGAUACUUCUGAAUCGGAUUAUGGAUGAGGUGGUGGAUGCGAUUUUAGGACAGGAAUUGAAUUU